UUGUGACAUCACAGCUGUUGCUUGGACAGUGAGAGUACACUAGGAGUGGGGACAACGAGCGGUGCAUUCAUCUGGGGAGGGGGUCUAGAGACAGAGGGAAAGGGAUCUAUUGUGCUAUUCAGCCGCCAGGCCCUGCUGAAAUCUCAGAAAACAACAAUGGAACCUGCCUGAGAAGCAUCCACGUUGCUUUUGAGUGUUAAGGUGCAUCCUGGCCCCCGGCAACCUCUGUGGAUGUCUGUCACCAUGGCGAAGUUUGAGACCGGCCGCACAAGCCCAGUGGUCCGCCAGAUAGACAAGCAGUUCCUGGUGUGUAGUAUCUGUCUAGACCACUACCACAACCCCAAAGUCUUGCCCUGCCUGCACACCUUCUGCGAAAGGUGCCUACAGAACUACAUUCCUCCUCAGUCCUUGACGCUGUCCUGCCCGGUGUGCAGACAGACCUCCAUCUUGCCCGAGAAAGGUGUGGCGGCACUACAGAACAACUUCUUCAUCACAAACCUCAUGGAGGUGCUGCAGAGAGACCCAGAAUGUUCUCGGCCGGAGGCCUGCAGCGUGCUGGAGUCUGUCAGCGCAGCAGCCGCUGGGAAACCGCUCUCCUGCCCCAAUCACGAGGGCAAGGUGAUGGAGUUUAAUGUGCUGCCCCAACUUACAGCUGCCAUUGAGCUGGUGAAUGAAAUCUCUCAACAGCUGAUAGAAAGGAAGAACGAAGCCAUCAAUGAGAUCAACAUGACAUUUGAGGAGCUCGAGAGGGCGUUGCACCAGCGCAAAGCUGCACUCAUCACUGAUCUGGAGAACAUUUGUAGCACCAAGCAGAAGGUGCUUCAGGCGCAGCUAUCGUCCCUUCUGCAGGGAAAAGAGCACAUCCAGAGUAGCUGCAGUUUCACUGAGCAGGCCCUGAACCACGGCAGUGCCACCGAAGUCCUGCUGGUCCAAAAGCAGAUGAGCGAGCGUGUGAGCGCCCUCGCCUGUCACGACUUCCCUGAACGGCCGCAUGAGAACGCCCACUUGGACUGCCAGAUAGAGACAGAAGGCCUGCGACGUUCCAUCCAGAACCUGGGCGUCCUGCUGACGACGGGGGCCGUGGGACACACCAGUGUGGCCACAGGAGAAGGGCUCAGACAUGCACUGGUCGGUCAGCACGUGACUGUAACUGUUACCACUAAGGAUAAGGACAGCGAGCUUGUGCGGACAGGUAACGCGGUCCUCCGAGCGGAGAUAACGGGGCAGGAUGGAGAGCGGGCGACAGAGGUGGAGGUCGUAGACAAUAAAAACGGAACGUAUGAGGUAGGGUACACACUUAAGAGUGAAGGGGAGUACUCGUACUCUCUGAUGCUGUACGGACAGCCUGUGCGGGGCAGCCCGUUCAGACUGCGGGCGAUAAAGCCAUCGGACGUGCCUCAGUCUCCAGAUGAUGUGAAAAGAAGGGUAAAAUCUCCCAGUGGAACAGGGGGACACAUCAGGCAGAAAGCCGUACGGAGACCCUCCAGCAUGUACAGCACUACCAAAAAGAAGGAAAACCCCAUUGAAGAUGAGCUCAUUUAUAGAGUUGGCUCUCGUGGACGGGAGAAGGGAGAGUUCACCAAUCUACAGGGCAUCUCUGCUUCCAAUAAUGGGAGGGUCAUUGUAGCAGACAGCAACAACCAGUGUAUACAAGUGUUUACCAAUGAUGGCCAGUUCAAAGCACGCUUCGGGGUCAGGGGUCGUUCUCCAGGACAACUGCAGAGGCCAACAGGAGUGGCAGUCGACACAAAUGGAGAUAUUAUAGUAGCUGAUUAUGAUAACAGAUGGAUCAGCAUCUUCUCCCCUGAUGGGAAAUUCAAGAGUAAGAUUGGCGCAGGCCGUCUGAUGGGACCCAAAGGAGUGGCUAUGGACAGGAACGGUCAUAUCAUUGCAGUGGAUAAUAAAGCCUGCUGUGUGUUCAUCUUUCAAUCUAAUGGCAAACUAGUAACCAAGUUUGGAGCCAGAGGCACUUCAGACAGACAAUUUGCAGACAAAAGUGGUGCAAAGUUUGCACUGGAGCAAAAGUUUAGUAAAUCUGGCCCUGGGUUCAGUCCACAUUUUGUUGCUGUCAACAACAAGAAUGAAAUUGUCGUGACAGACUUUCAUAACCACUCCGUCAAGGUCUACAGUGCAGAUGGGGAGUUUUCGUUUAAAUUCGGGUCUCAUGGAGAGGGAAACGGCCAGUUUAAUGCUCCCACAGGGGUAGCUGUUGAUGUUAACGGCAACAUCAUUGUAGCAGACUGGGGCAACAGCAGAAUACAGGUGUUUGACAGCUCAGGCUCAUUCCUCUCCUACAUCAACACAAGUGCUGACCCUCUGUAUGGGCCGCAGGGCCUCGCUUUAACCUCCGACGGUCACGUUGUGGUGGCCGAUUCUGGUAACCACUGCUUCAAAGUCUACCGGUACCUGCAGUAACAGCUCAGGUACUGCCACAAGGUGCCACAAACUCUCCUUCAUCUUGGGUUCAUCACAGUUUGCAUGGUCACAUCAGCGAAAUCCUCGGCCAAACCAGAGAGGAAGAAUCGAAUGAACAAAAUGCACUUUUCUUUAAUCUUCUGCUGAUUUUCAUGUUCCCAAACAAAGAACUGCUUCUCUACUAAACCAGGAAUGUUGAUUGUAAAUAACAGAAACCAUAUCAAUAAGCACAGAUUCUUAUUAGAAAUCAUGUAAGUUGUGUAUAAAUAAAAAAAUAUAUAUAUAUAGCAAAACAUUUUGUUAAUCGCUGUCUUAAACCCUUGCAGAAAAGUCCAUUAUUUCCAAACUUCCUCUCCUGUUUCAUAGUGGUUGAGCUUCCCAUGACUGCAACAGUUGUGCAUUGUAAUAGUUACAUUCUGCAUUUGUAAAUAUACAAAUUUGUUUACAUAUGAACAUAUUUGGUGUAUGUAACAUGUAAAUGACACUGGCUUCUUGUAUUGUCCUAUGACAGCAUUUGGUACUGAGAUUUCACUAUACCUGAGCUAUUCGGUGAGCACUUUCAGUUAACUGGGUGUUCAAAUCAUUCAGAUCGAACAUCUGAGCUGAUCAUCCCUCACAGAUAUCAACAGCACAGGAAGUGAUGCUAAAAAA